AUCAGCUUUGUAGCCAAAGAGAGAGCUCGAGACGUGCCAGCCAGGUGACACUAAACCGAUAGUCUCGUUCAAUCAUGAUCCUAGUUUCCGCUCCCGCCAGAACCCAUUCCAGCCCGUAGUUAACUCCCCCCACUUUGUUCGCCAUCAACUGCAAGCACCAUCCACUCACCGCUCGUGCCCUUCACAUCACUCCUCUCUUCAAAGUUUGUUAGUUGAGGGUUCUCUGGCGUGAUGACGUUCGCCUCAGCCCAGAUUCGUCGCCUCGAUGCUUCACUCGAAAAACUCCAACUAACCCAGCUCGAGCGGAUACCGAUCACCGAGCCCCCAUCCGCUACUGAUUCCCACCGCAGCUUUGCCGCCGAAUCCGUAACGGCCCACCAUGACCGACAGCGACAAUUCGUCCCCUCAGAGCACGCACAAACCCUCCAGCGGGUGAUCCGCCAGCUAGGAAGCGCCGUAGACGGGAAUCAGUCAUCACAAAAGCUGAUGGCCCUGCUGAAAGAGGCGAACAUCACAAAUGCGGCGGCAGGAUUCAAUGCGGCUGAGGCCGGGGAACAUAGGACGUAUGAGCGCGAGCUGGAGUGGUUGCUGCUCAGCAGGGCGGCGAUUCAAACUUACGGGAUUGUUCUUAACUCGCUCGUUGAUCAGACGCUCCCGCUGUCGCAAGACUUGUUUUAUUGGGAUGAGGUGCUGUCGAGUUACCGGUACACUGCGCUGUACUGUUUGCAGACAUCGCCGCACAGGCUGCUGGCGUUCUCAAAGGAGGUACUAGCGGAGAGCCGGAGGCGGUUGAAGGAGCUUCAGGAGAUGGAGCGGCCACAGUUUAUGCGUCCCGGUUCCCCGUUAUCACCAAGAAAUGAACCUCGGCAGCAGGAAGAGCAGCCACGGAAGUCUGAACCAUUGUCGGAAACGGCACGGAAAUUCUACGGAUUGGUGAAGAAUACGCUUCAUGACCGGGUUACCCUCCACCGCUUCACUGCCAUGUCUCCGUUCUCCCUCGCCAGACACGAGAUCCGUGAGAAGCAAGCUAGCAUCCGGAAGCUGCGUGAGAUGCAGGCGUCGGCGCUGGGACUGCUGAUUGGCGAGGGCCUUUCGUUCGAGUUUGAUGGUGACCAUGACGAAUGGCGGGGUAUCAUCGAGCGCGCGGUGUCGUUGAUGGAGAAUGUUGUGCGCAACGUCUCCCUGGUUGAAGCACAAUCACUGAAUGAAUUCGAAGAAAGCGUCUUCGACUUUCACUCGGAGGAGGGAGAGGAAAAUACGCACGGAUCGUCAGGUUCCUUGCAGAUAAAAACAAACAAUCCCCCGAAUAAAGCCACUGCGGCGCUCUGCGCGCACCUGCAAGACAUACUGGUCCAGCACCUACCGGCGCAAGCCACCGCUUCAAGGGAGAUCAUGAGCACGCACGGCCGACCCUCCAAGCUCACCCGGUACUGGCUCCCCGCAACAGCACUUCUACUAUCGUCCACGACGAUCCUCCGCAUCCUCGUCAACCGCCAGGAGGAGAUCAAAACGUGGAUCAUGGAGCUCGGUACGACGAUCAUCGACUUCUGGGCCAACUGGGUAGUCGAGCCAACACGCAAAGUCAUCGGCACCAUCCGCCACAGCGAGGACUCGGAGGUGGCGCUCAUGAGCCGCAAGAGUCUGGCGGCAGACAUGGAGAGUCUGGAGCGCAUGGUCGUCGACUUCGCCAUCGACAAUCCCAACGGCACGGGGUCCCUCUCCACCCAGGAAAUCGAGCUGGUUCGCGCAAACGUCAAAGAGGGCGAUCUCACCCCUGUCCUCAAAGCCUACGAGCACGACCUCCGGAAGCCUUUCCAGGGCGCUAUCAAGGGCGAGCUCGUACGUGCCCUUCUCAUCCAAAUCCAGAAGACAAAGGUCGACGUCGAAGUCGCCAUCACAGGUAUCGACCGCUUGCUUAAGUCGCAAGAGCUCGUCUUCGGCUUCGUCGGACUGACCCCAGGACUCUUCAUCUCUGUCGUCACCGCGCGGUGGAUCGCCGGGAUGUUUCGCGGGAAGCAGCAGAAGGGCGGGCAUCAGCGUGCACAAAUCGUUAGGAGACUGCGAAAUGUCGACAGAAUCCUUACGGGCAGUGGCGCCAUCAGGGGGCAGAACGAGGGUUGUCUGAACUACAAGGAGCACGGGCUGCUGCUGUGCGAGGUCCACGUCCUUAUGGAGGACGCGAGGAUGGUGCUUAACCGCACGCUGUUGGGCGAUUUCGUGGCGGACCUGGAGGAGCUGGUCGAUGUGAGGGGCGGUGUCAAGAAGCAAUUGAAGGUUGUCGAGAGGAUUCGAUGGGCGUAUGCACGUUGGCUGAAGUAGGUUGAUGGAGGUUGCAUAUUAUCGGUGGCAUGGAGACAUCUUUCGGUAGCCGAUAGAAGUUGUGUUUCGAGCAUACCUGUACCUGUACCUGUUCUCUACUGUGCCUACCAAGUAGUUACAAAUUUGAACGCCUCAAGUAGAAGCUGGAUAUGUAACGGUAUUGCUAUCACUCGUGUCUUCGGG